AUGGUGUGGGCUGUGAGCUUAGAUGCCGAUAGAGCCGCAACGAGAGGAGAGGGUGAUGUCUACAUUGGACCUGAUCUGUGGACCAACGAUACUGCUGAGGUAGCUUUCAACGCACCCUGUACACUGGUGUUUCCUCCUUAUCCCCUCGAAACGCCCGUCACUAUCACCUGGCCAGAAUAUGAGACCUCUGUCCUGUCCACUUCGGACGGAACGGUACAUACCAAGAGCACCAAGUUCGUCGUGACCGCCGCUUGA